CGCUUCCAUAAGUUUUCAAAUCCUACCUGGGCUUACUUAUGACAGCUCUGAGCCGGACUUGGGCUUCACCUUUAAGCUCACCACAAAUUGAACCCCUUCAAAAUUAUAACAAUGCCUCGCGCAGCAAAUCGCCAGAUGAUAACUACUCACUUGAUUCAUCUCCACAAUCGCCUUCCUACAGAAUAGCGGGAUUAAAGCAGACACGCGCUGCUAGCGAACUAUCCAGCGAGCAGUAUAGUCAACCGCAAACAGCACUGUUUCAGCUUUUGCAGCGAAAUAAAACACGCGAGCAACCGGUAGGAUCUGACGAUGAGUCAGAAUCACGACGGCGAUCGUCCGCGUUCGGAAUGGGUUUAUUCCGAGGUCUACCUCAAGAAGAAAGGCAGGAACAACUGAAAGCUGAAGCAGAUUUUGCGUUCGAGUGUCCUGUCUGUGGAAAUGAAGAAGUGCAAUUUUGGAGCAGAGGAAGAACCGCUGGACAAGCUGAGUGCCAAAGCCGUACGUGCGGACAUCGAUGGAUGUGGAAGCCGACGACCAAAAUGGUCAAAGAAGGGACAACAUUUGAACCAAAUAUGCCGCUUCCUCCAAAGCAAUCUAUCGCUCCUGCUCCCAAACGUAGGAAGCUGAAAGAUAACUCGUCUGACAUGCCACCUCCAAGCUACUCACACGGGAUGUAUGAUCGACGCGACCCUUACUCAUCUUACUAUUCAAAGGCACCACGUCGCAUUCCACCCGAGCUUUCAUACGAAAAUCCCAUGAAUCCAUAUGGCAAUCCCUCGAACACUGCUCCUGAUUAUGAGCCUAACCGAGACACUGAAUUCUAUGAAAAUUAUGAAAGGUUAUUUGCAAAUCGAGCGCCAGAUAUGGACCCAAACUCUGGCAGACCCAUGCCGUUUUCAUCCACCAAAUAUUCUGAGCCUUCCGAACGACCAAAACCGCAAGCACCAGGAGAAGAUUUUCCUAUCGAUGAAGAGGAUGAAAUAUACCAAUCAGAGCUUUUAGAAUUGGAAUUACGAAGGCGUGAAAUUGAAGCCAGACGUGAAGCGCAUCGAGCAAGAAAAUCUCAGUUACUGCUUCAACAACGACGGGAGCAAUUGCGCGAACAAAACAUGCAGCGCCAACGUCAAAGUCAAAACCCGGUUGUCCAGUCUGAUGACAACACCUCAUUGUCAAUGCGCUCGCCGAGUGAACUGGUCGCCGAUGAAAAUCAAGAAUCUGCUGCUCAACGUGCAGAGAUGGCAUCAACCGGACAAUCUGAACCUGCCAGUAAUCAAACAGCACCUCCCAAACCUACAAAAGCACAAAAGAUACCACGGCGUGAAGACAACCAAUCUGCAUCAGACGGAUACAUGUUCAGUGAUGAAGAAGAGGAUGCUCCAAAUGUUCGCAAUGGAAAAUUGCCAAUGAAGGAAAUUAAAACGGUCAAGCCAAUUGUUCAAGUCGAGGACACGCUCGCUGCAGAAGAUGAAGGAGCUGUUCCUAGAUUUGCUCAGGAUGCAACGAUGUCAGAUGAAGAUAGGAUGAUAAAUGAAGCAUACGGCUAUUACUUUAGUGAUGAGGAAGAUGAUACUGCUUUGGUAGCAAUUGGGUCCGGCAUUCGCAAGCAGCCCGUUUGGCACAAGGUCUCCGAUACAGAACCCGUAGAAGACGACGAAAAUGCAAUGUCAUCCGACAGCGAAGGCGUACAACACGAUGAUGGGCAGGUGGAGUCUGAACAGAGAUCUAUCGACGAAACAAAACUAGCACCAAAGAAAAGAGGUCGAAAGCCUAAUCCGAACAAGGUACCAAAGACUUCAAGAGACCCCAACGAACCACCAAAGAAGAGAGGCAGAAAGCCCAAUCCAAAUAAGAAAACUGUGAAGACGAAGAAGCCCAUGAAUGGCUUCAAUCCCUACUUGUUAUUUAAUAGGGAUAUGAGAAAAAAACUUGCUGAAGAACACAAGGGAAAAUCCAAUGGCGAAAUCAGUCGUUUGAUUUCAGAAGCUUGGAAAAGUAUCACACCGGAGGAGAAGCAGAAAUAUUUUGACGAAACAAAUGAGAGAAGAAAGGAGCUUGGGCUACGGGCAUGUGAACAAAGGGACAAAAAUGAACUAAGGGCUAUCCCGAAUCCAUUUGUUUUGUUCAAUAUAGAACAGCGACCUCAGCUUCAUCAAGAUCACCCAGGACUGUCUCUGAUCGAAAUGAACGGGCUAGUCACUGAACGAUGGAAAGCCCUCACCGAGAAGGAGAAGCAAAUAUAUUAUAAGAGAUUCGAAGACUACAAGAAGGAGUUGCUCAAAUCCCACCCAGGCUUUAGGCGAAGGCGAAGAUCAGGAAAGGAUAAACAAGAGCAGUAGAGCUUAGUUCUACUCCAUGGUGGAUUGGAGAGUUUUAUUGGUGCUGGGAGACUUAUUCUCAUUGUAAAUACGUAGUGUCUCAGCCAAUAGAACAAUGAAAAUACCAUUUACUUUGGAUGCCCAGUCAGAAAAAUAAACGAAGUAUGGUCAUCAGGAACCCAAAACAGGUGUGAGCACAGGC